AUGCUGGCUGGCUGCAGCUCAACGACAGCCCCGUUGCUAGAUAAGCGAGAAGACACAUUGAAUCGCUUUGUACGUAGUUCCCUCCUCCUGAGCUAUGUCGUCUGCGUGGGGAUCUACCGGCUCUAUUUCAGUCCCAACGCCAAGUUCCCGGGGCCCAAGCUGGCCGCCCUGACGGGGCUCUACGAGGCGUACUUCGAUCUGAUCCCCAAAGGGGGCGGACAGUUCCCCUUCGAGAUCAAGCGCAUGCAUGCGAAGUAUGGCCCGAUUGUGCGCAUCGAUCCGGAAGAGAUGCACAUCGACGACCCGGAGUUCUACGAGACUCUCUACCCGACCAGCAAGCCCUACGACCAACUGCAGCGGCUGGAGAACCGGUUUGGGAUCCCCGGGGCGACCUUCAGCACGGCGCGCCAUGACGUGCACAAGAUCCGCCGCGCCGCCAUCAGCCCUUUCUUUGCCAAAGCCAAGGUGCGCGAGCAGACUGGGCACGCGACGGUCUUCACGAGAUGCUGGCCUCCAGCCUGCCCCCCCGAGGAACUGACCUACAAGCGCAUGCAGCACGAGUCCGAGUCCCUGAUUGGGGCCGGACUCGAGACCACCGCCUGGACCCUGGCCCUGGGCACGCGUCUUCCCCAACCCGAGCGCUGGCUCCACGACCCCCGGGGGCCCGACGGGCUCCACCCGCUCACCCACUACCUGACCGUCUUCGGCCGGGGCACCCGCAUGUGUCUGGGGCUGAACCUGGCCUACGCCGAGCUGUACAUUGGGUUCGCGACGCUGAUCCGCCGCCAUCGGCUGCGGUUGGUGGGCACGACCGUCCGCGACGUGGCGUUCUACGCCGAGAAUACCAUUCUGUCGCCGUGGACGGGGACGAAGGGGGUCCGGGUGCUGGUGGAGAGUUCUGGUGAUUAG